UGAGGAGCGGAGGAUCCGUGAGGACCACAGCUUGCUGCUGCAGCGGCUGAGGGGGACGGACACACACCGGCCGGGCACGCUCCCUCAAACACACACACACACACACAUACACACCUCAUCAUUUUCUACAGCAUCAACACACACACUCUGCUGGGGGAGGAAACAGGAGCCGGUCUGCAGCAGACGGUUUGAACCACCUUCUGAACACAGACUUUGGCUGAGAUUAAAUCCUCACAGUGUGGAUCCAGACCGCCCUGAUCCUGUUGUUGAAUUUGGACACAAGGUUUUCAUCGUGAUACCCCCGACCAUGGACAGGAACAGGAAGUGGGCGCCGGGCUUUGGAGCAGUGCUAUUGAUCCUCUUGAGUCACAUGACGUCAGCGCUGGAAGUGCCUCUUGAUCCUAAAGUACUGGAAGGAUUGCCCCAACCCCCCACUAUAACGCUACAGUCCCCGAAGGAUUACAUCUUCGAUCCACGGGAGAACAUCGUCAUCCACUGUGAAGCCAAGGGGAAGCCUCAUCCCAGCUUUUCAUGGACAAGAAAUGGGACCCACUUUGAUGUGGAGAAAGACUCCAAAGUCCUGAUGAAGCCCGGGUCAGGAACUCUGGUCAUUGACAUCAGCGGGGAGAAGGCCGAGGCCUACGAGGGAACGUACCAGUGUACGGCACACAACGAGCACGGAACCGCAGUAUCCAACAGCAUCGUCAUCAGACAGUCCAGGUCCCCCUUGUGGUCGAAGGAGAGAAAUGAGGCCAUCGUGGUGCAGACGGGGGUCUCCCUGGUGCUGCAAUGCCGACCCCCUGCAGGGCUGCCUCCUCCUGUCAUCUUCUGGAUGGAUAACAACUUCCAGAGGCUACCGCUGGAUCAACGCGUGUCCCAGGCUCUGAAUGGAGACUUGUACUUUUCCAACGUUCUCCCAGAAGACACCAGGAGCGACUACAUCUGCUAUGCUCGCUUCCCUCACACACAAACCAUCCAGCAGAAACAGCCCAUCUCUGUCACCGUGCUGGACAACAGCCCAGAAGGAGAGCGGCGCCCUGGUUUCAUGUUGCCUCUGGGCACCACCAGCACCAACAUGGUUCUGAGAGGAGAGACUCUGGAGCUGGAGUGCAUUGCUGAUGGCUUGCCCACUCCAGAGAUCUCUUGGCAGAAGGAUGGUGGAGAGCUGCCCAACAGCAGGAUAUCCUUCCUUAACUACAAGAAAACGCUGAAGGUUUCUGAUGUGACUGAAGCUGAUGGUGGAGACUACCGCUGUACAGCCACAAACAACCUGGGCACUGCAUACCACAUCAUCAAGGUCACUGUCAAAGCUGCUCCUUUCUGGGUCAGCGCUCCCAGGAACCUGAUCCUCGCCCCGAAUGAGACCGGCAUUCUGACUUGUCGAGUCAGUGGAGAACCCAAACCCAAGAUUAGCUGGUUUGUCAAUGGGGUCCCCAUACAGAACGUACCUGAGGACCACAGUCGGAAGGUGGAUGGUGACACUGUGAUUCUGAGCAAUGUGCAGUCAGGGUCCAGUGCUGUCUACCAGUGUAAUGCAUCCAACGAGUUCGGUUACCUUAUGGCAAACGCUUUUGUCAACGUUCUCGCCGAGCCCCCGAGGGUGCUGACUCCACCCAACAGAGUUUAUCAGGUCAUCACCAACAACCCUGCGUUACUUCACUGUGCCUCCUUUGGUUCACCAAUACCAACCAUCACAUGGUUCAAAGACAGUCAGACCAGCGUGAAGAACGGGGACCCAUAUGUGAUCCAUGAGAACGGUACAUUGGAGAUCCAUGUGGCCCAGCCUUUAAACAGUGGGAAGUACACCUGCAUCGCCACCAACAACCUGGGGAUCAAGGAAAAUCAUGUCUACCUGGAGGUUAAAGAGCCAACCCGCAUCCUGAAGCAGCCAGAGUACAAAGUGGUGCAGCGAGGAAUGAGCGCUGUGUUCGAGUGUAAGGUCAAACAUGACCCAUCUCUUGUUCCCACCAUGACCUGGCUCAAAGACAACGGAGAGAUGCCCGAUGAUGAGAGGUUUGAGGUGGACACAGACAGUCUGACCAUCAAAGAUGUGACAGAUGGAGAUGAGGGCACCUACACCUGCAUCAUGAACACCACCCUGGACCAGGACUCAGCCAGCGCCAUGCUAACUGUCGUAGAGGCGACUCCCACUCCAGCUAUUGUCUACGAGGUCCCCGACCCUCCGACUGACCUCGAACUGACCGACCAGACAGAGAGGAGCGUUCAGCUCACCUGGAUCCCUGGGGACGAACACAACAGUCCCACAGAGAAGUUUCUGAUCCAAUACGAGGAUCUGCUUCACCAGCCAGGAGUUUGGAUCAACCUGACGGAUGUUACUGGUACUAGCACCACAGCGCAGCUAAACCUCUCUCCAUACGUCUACUACACCUUCAGAGUUCUGUCAAUGAACCGGGUUGGCUACAGCGAACCAAGCCAGCCCUCAAGCCAGUACAGAACCAACCCCGCAGCUCCUGAUGAAAACCCAUCAAGCGUUCAAGGAGUUGGAGAAAAACCUGACAACCUGGUCAUCACCUGGACACCGCUGACUGGAUUUCAGGCUAACGGGCCAGGUCUGGAGUACAAGGUGCAGUGGAGACAGAAGGACGUAGACGAGGACUGGUCCUCAAAGACGGUGGCCAACGUUUCCCAGUUCACCGUUUCAGGAACUCCGACUUAUGUGCCCUUCGAGAUCAAGGUUCAAGCUUUGAAUGAUUAUGGAAACGGCCCAGACCCGAAAAUAGUGACUGGAUACUCUGGAGAAGACUUGCCUCUGUCUGCUCCUGAGAGUGUGCAGGUGAUGGUUCACAACAGCACACUGGCUGAAGUCCACUGGGAGCCUGUUGCUUCCCCCUCAGUCAGAGGGAGGCUUCAGGGUUAUAAGGUGUACUACCGACGUGAGCGUGGGUUGCAUGAGACAGAGGAGGACACAGAGCAGCAGGAGCAGGUUCUGACGUUCAGUGGGAAUCGUAGUGAGGGACGUCUGCCGGGCCUCCAGCCUUACAGCCUCUACAACCUCACCAUCAGGGUCCUGAACAACAAAGGACUAGGACCUCCUAGCCAAAGCAAGAAGUUUGAGACACCUGAGGGAGUCCCAGGGCCUCCUUCCUUUCUGAAUGUCGUAAAACCUAGUCUGGACUCUCUCACUCUGGAAUGGGGCCCACCAUUAAGCAACAAUGGACGCCUUGCUGGAUACACACUGAAAUACCAACCAGUCAACACCACCAAUGAACUGGGACCCGUCAAGGUCAUGACCUUCCUUGCCAACGAGACCACCAUUACUCUGGGCAACCUGAACUCCAGCAUGCUCUACAAGUUUUACUUGAGUGCAAAGACAAUCAAGGGCUCGGGCCCCAUCAUCACAGAGGAGGCCCUCACUGUCAUGGACACAACUCGUACUCAGCCCACUGUAGAGACGGGCAAAGGCCCUACAGAGCCCCCUCACCCAACCUCCCCCAUCACUCAGUCUCCGCAUCCCCCAGUACACAAGGCGCCGCCUGUAGGCCCGGCGUUCGGCAAAGUUAACACGUCCAUGUCGGAGGACGGUGCAGUGAUCAGUUGGGAUUACUUUGGACACCAUAAGAAUGUUUAUGUGGAAUAUAUUGUAGAGAACAGUAAAGAGGACUGGAAAAAGGAGUUGGUAAACGGUUCACACUGGCAUAUGAUAAAAGGUUUAAAGCCGGGGACGUCCUAUAAGGUCCGUGUGGUCGCUAGAGACCCGGCAGACCCGACGGUCCACAGCACAGACGAGGUGCUGGUUUUGGUGCCAGCUGUACCCAGCCGGCAGGUAGACAUCGCCACCCAGGGCUGGUUUAUUGGACUGAUGUGUGCCAUCGCUCUCCUCAUCCUGGUCCUCCUUAUAGUGUGCUUUAUCAAGAGGAACAAGGGAGGCAAAUAUCCAGUGAAAGAGAAAGAAGAUGCUCACCAAGACCCAGAGAUCCAGCCUAUGAAGGAGGAUGAUGGGACAUUUGGAGAGUACAGUGACACAGAGGACCACAAGCCGCUGAAGGGCAGCCGGACGCCGUCCAAUGGGACGGUGCGUCGCGACGAGAGUGACGACAGCCUGGUGGACUACGGGGAGGGCGGGGACGGACAGUUCAACGAGGACGGCUCCUUCAUCGGCCAGUACAGCGGCAAGAAAGAGAAAGACACGCACGAAGGCAACGAGAGUUCUGAGGCCCCGUCGCCCGUCAACGCCAUGAACUCGUUUGUCUAACGAAGGAGUCGCGGCCCCGGCUGCAACGGUUGCUACGGCCACUCCUUGUCACCCUGGCAAAUGUGACCACAUCUGGUGGUGACAGUUGCUAAGGUGACAGUCGUUGUGGACACCUUCUUCGACCAUGGCGGCUGUCACUCCGGUGGCGCCUCGCCAUGGCUCCCUGUCACCAAGACUGCUGACACGCCCUCAUCUCCACACCCGCCAGCCCCUGUCACACUGUGACCUCCUCUGAUGCACACACACCCAACACGGCAAAGACACCACAUCCCCCAUAAGCAUUGAAGGAAGGUGUGAAAAGAGGGAUGUGAGGACUCCGAGAAGAGGGAAGAAGAGAGGAAGCAAUAUAGAAAAGCAGAAGGAAUGUACCAGUGUGUGUGUUAGUGCCAUUUGAUCUCCUUUGCAACCAUACAAAACAUGACGUAUCCAAAUAUAUAUUUUAUCAAAGUACACUACAUGACCGCAGGCAGGCAAAUAUGCAUUGAAUCCCAUUCCUAAACAUGUGCAUGGAGUAAGUCAUGAUCCUAUUAAGCAUUGUACCACCUCAGAGGUGAGCUGCGUGUUGAGACUGUAUAUGGUGCACGCCUAUAGCGACUGGGUAUUCCUUUUGUUGUCAGUUUUUCUUUCAGUCAGUGUUAAAUGGCGUAAGAUAUAUAGAGGAAAAAAUGGCGGCAGGGUGUUUGUGGAUACUGCUGCGAAAUGUGUGACUCAAAGUAGAAGCUAGCAUAUGUCUUUUUGAGACGGAUGAACUGUUUGUACAUAUGUAAUAGAAUAAGAAGAAAGCUAUAUUUCAAGGUCGGGGUUGUCCAUUUGUAGUCUUUGUGGCUAGGAACACUUUAAACUCAGCGUUCGGUCACCAGCCAGCCAAGCAGAACUCCCACACUUGAUCCAAUCAGCCUGUUUCUAGCCUCAUGUUUUCUUAAGCUUGUUCUUUGCUUGCAUUUUAUUUUAUUUUUUGCUCUCCCGACCAGUUCCUCCACACCAAGCCUAUGCUUCUUGCUACUGAGCACUACCUGAACACAAGCGAAGCUGUGAUCGAUCCAGUGUCAUUGUCAAGUGCUUCCACCCCCGAAUCAUGACCACUGUGUCAGAACUAACCGCCACCCCAACAUUGUCUCCAAUAGCAUUUCAACCUAUGUAAUGGCAGAAAAAGAGAGAAGAUGCAGUUACAUACAAUAAAUGCACCUGUACAGGGUUAAGUGGUACACACUUUAGUUCCUGGACGUUUUGAUUUCGAUGAUCAAGAACCUCUCAGCACGGUUUCUAGUGCCUUCGUAGAGAACAGUGACUUAGAUCCAUAGAGUUACAUCCCUCUUCAUACACAGGACACACCUGGGAUCAGGGCAGUUCUUAGGAGUCCAUCAAUACUUUGCAUAAUAUUCAAAAGAAAAACUUGGAAAAUUAAGCUCUCUUUCAGAAUGUGUUCCUAAGGGGAUGUUCAAACCAAGGCCCUUUUAUUUUGAGCUAUGUCAUCACCAAGUCUUUAAACAGUUUGUUAAACAUCCAUUUGGGCUUAAUAACUUUAAAUUAGUCUCUUCUACCCCUUUUUCAACACACAUGGCUCCAUGCUGGUAACUUUAAACCAUUUUGAGCGUUUCAACCAAAAGUUGCAGAUCCCGAAAUGUUGGUUUCCAUCUGGUUCAAUUUGAUCAUCAUCCAGCUACUAUUUACUUGCAUUGUGCAAGGCCGUCUGUUGAUGACAUCCUUUAUUACAGUGGUUCCCCUAAAACUAGUGGGCUAGUUUGCUAGAUCAGACUAAAGCUGAGGACACACUACAAGACUUUUGCCAGAUUAUACCCAUGAUUACCAGUUGGGAAAAGUCUGCAUUAGUCAGCACUAGUUGGGGACAGUUGGCCAGUUGGCACAAAAAGGGGAAUAGACCAGACCUCAGUCACAGUCAAUCAAACAUGUUCGAAUUUCUUGAGCAGAAUCUGGACGCAACCCAACUGUUAAUGUGUUGCCAACAGCCAAUGAAAAAGAGAGGCUGCGACACGGGAAAUAGCAUCAAAAGACGACAGGGAGUAGCAGGAAUAUCAAAACAACGAUGGUUAUCAUAACACAAGGCCAUUUUUUCUUCUUGAUGGUUUUUCCAAGCAGUUAGAUGCACAGACAACAGCUGAUUGUCGUCCAUGUUUUUCAUUGGUUGUUGGCAAACAACAAAUUGGUGCAUUUACUGCCACCAACUGGUGUGUUUGUUUAUCCUUUAAACUGUCGCCCUCGCGAGAGAGUUGUGUAGUGUGUCCACAGCUUAAGGUUCCAAGGAUCAUGAAUAAAUCUGGUUCAAGAACCAGAGCUAAUUUGAUGAAAAAGGGGUAUUUGAGUGUUAUUCUGGGGUCCAGGGUUCCUACACAGGGCUGAAAACUACUUUAAAAAUGGAUUUAGAAAAUGACCUGUUUCACAGUUGGACACUGGUUAUAGUGGCGAGGAAUAUUUUUCAGCUGUAGAUUGUUUUGGCCUUGUUGACAAUCAUACACCCACUUAUCAUCAGCCCGAACAGACCGCCACAUCACACCAUCCAGCUAAGAAUUGAAGUAAACGUGUAGGAAACCUGAGGUCAGAGCAAGAACAUGUCUUCAUUUCAAAAAUUCUCCUCCGAACACAUUCACCUGGAGGAGGAGCCGCUGCUGCAGCAGCAACAAACUACUGCCAACCUACUCACAGGUAACUGCCAACAGGAACCAGACUCACCAUCUGGUGCAGGCGAAUAUUGUAGUGUCACUGGUAGCACUUAGAAAUGAAGGGGGCGGAAAAUGACGUCAUGAUACUGAAUGUGGAAACAAGUGUAUCUGUUUAUGUGAAUGAAAAAAUUGCUUGUUUCACUGCAAAAUGGUAAAACACACUGGUGACUUUGGUUUAUGCAUUUAACCUUAUAUCUGUGUAUGUUGUCACGUUCUGAGCGCAGCACUCAGUGAGUUUUCUAUUCCUGUAAAUGAAUGAAGCUUGUGUGCGAAUGUGUGUGUGCGUGUGUGUGUGUGCGUGUGUGCGUGUGUGUGUGUGUGUGUGUGUGUGUGUGUGUGCAGCACAUGCAUGCUACUGUGUUACAGCGUGUGUGAUGUAUAAUAUCGCUUUUCCAUGGAUAACUAUAAUUUUCAAGAGGAGAUACAAGGUUUUCUUUCUCCACGUCUUAUGUUUAUCAUAACUUGCAUCAAGUUUUUAGGUUUUGCGAUGUGUCAGCUUUCCACGUGUAGAUAUUUUUGUUGUGUUUUGUAAAUAACGGCUUGACUUGAGAGCGUUGAGGUCUGAGGUGAGAGCUUGACCUCAAAAAGCCCCGCUACAUUAUAGGUAAGAGGGGCGUUGUGUGAGAUGAGACUAUUUACAGUUUUCACACUUUCAUUUGCUGUGAAAUUUCUUUUCUUUCAUUUUUUUUUUCCUUUUUGAACUUGUCAGGUGAAUUUGCUCGCUCAAAUGUUUAGCCUAUCAGGUAUCAAAGGAGAUUAUUUAACUUGUGACUGAGCUCUUGUGACACCUGUAUUGUUUCUGUCUCCGACAGUUCAUGCACCUUUUCUGUAUUUUUUAUAAAAUGGAACACACUUUAACAGGAUGUGUCAUUUCAAACAUCUAGUUGAGGACGACAUCACGUCGUCCCAAAGCUCCAGAUGAAACUGACACGUCCUUUUUAAAAGUGUGCACCUAAAAAAAACAAAAAACUGUCAUUUGGAGCAUAGAGAAGGAUGGCCGGCAUGGAUGCAU